AUGAUUGCCGCCGUGCCGUUGGAUUUGUACAAUUUUGGACUCUGGGAUUGUUGGAUCAAUGCGGCGCCACUCAACUGUACGCAGUCGUAUUUAUUGGAAGAAGGAGUCGAAAGUGACUGCGAACGAGGAGACAAUGCGUACAUUUACCAGUGGGUAUUUCAUCUCAUGUGGGUCAUGGGAUCGGCGCUCGUCGUGACGGUCAACAUGUUCCUCGUGUAUCGAGCCGUACUCAAGGUAGAACAAGCUACGGACAAGUACAUGACUCCGGGACAGCAAAAGAAACGAGAACGAUCCAAGGCCGUUGCCGUGCAAUCCUACUUUUACGUUGCUGCCAUGUACAUUAGUUGGGGACCCGUCUUGGUGGCGCGCUUUACCCAAUUGAUUGGACUCAAGGCAACCUACGGAAUGUUCGUGUCUCUGGCCAUUACCAUUCCCAUGCAAGGGGUAUGGAAUGCCGUGGCUUAUCUGCGACCACGAUACCUCUUGUGGCGCAAGAAUCAACGCCGCAUAAAACGCGAGAAACUCAAACUCAACAAUAACACUGCCCUCACGGCCAGUAGCCGAUCCGGUCCAGUCUCUUCUGAUGCCAUGAGGGAUAACACCCUGAAGGAUCAGUCGUCCGAUGACAAUAACAACAAUAACACUUUGAACACGACUUCCCGAUCGCGACAUAACAGGACCAAUAAUAUGGUCGCCAACUCCAUUACAAAAUCCACCAUUCGAGCCGUCGCCCUAGGGGUCAUUGUCGAUGAAGAACAGCAACAACAAUCUCCUGCUGAUGAACCACCGUCUGCUGUCAAGGACAAAACCUCCGAUGAUUCCGAUUCCGGCAAUUAUUCUGAUGACGAGUUUUUCAAUGAGACUCAUCAUAGCAACCUUCCAGCGCUCAUGGGAAACAGUUCCCAUAAAUCGAAUUCUUCCAAUCAUUCCCUCCAGUCUCUCUCCAGACUCUCCCCACGACGUAGUGUGUCGACUAAUCCGGCGCAUCGAUCCAUGACCCGGUCUACCAUUCGCGCCAUUGCGCUGGGAAUCAUUUGUGACCCCGAAGACGACAACAACAACCAUUCGGGAGAAGAGUUUUAUGAUGACCAAACCAAUCUAGUACAGGAGCAGCACUUGAUUCCGCCUUUUGGGGACAUGGAAGAAGCUUCCGGGGCUCACAAUCAUCAUCGCGAUGAUGAUGAUUACAACUACUCCGAGGGUCGUCCACCGAUAGUAGAUGGCGAGGAUAGCAGCAGCAGCAACGACUCAUCGCAGGAACGAUUCGUGGAUGAGCAUGACAACAAUCAUGGCGGGGAAGAGACGCUGGAGCAAACUUCCGGGGCGCAUCACCAGGAGCAAGACCCUUUGUAUUUUCUCUGA